UUGUGGAACUGAAAGUGUUCAAACUCAAAUGCCAUUUUAAAGACGGAGAAGAACGCAGAGAGCCUAAAAACUGAAAAAAGAACGGAAGACUGUACUGCAUGAAAAUCCCAGGAGGGCAGCUGUUUCUGUGAUGCUGGAACCACCACAUCUGGCACCAUCCAUCUGGCACAGUCAAAGUCGCUUAGAUCAUACAUCUUGCCCAUUCUAAUAGAUGGGGGGCGCUGUUUCUAAAUUGAGUCUCUCAGAGGAGCCAAAGACCAAAGGAGGAACCCUCAGCACUGAAAGGAAGAGGGUCCAGGUAGAAAGAGCAGGGUCACCUGUUCCCAGCUGUCUGUCUAUGAGGAGUGGAGAGUCAAUGGAUAAGGUACUCAACUUCAGAGGAGAGUUACCAGGUGAUUCAAGGGUCCAGGUAGAAAGAGCAGGGUCACCUGUUCCCAGCUGUCUGUCUAUGAGGAGUGGAGAGUCAAUGGAUAAGGUACUCAACUUCAGAGGAGAGUUACCAGGUGAUUCAAGGGUCCAGGUAGAAAGAGCAGGGUCACCUGUUCCCAGCUGUCUGUCUAUGAGGAGUGGAGAGUCAAUGGAUAAGGUACUCAACUUCAGAGGAGAGUUACCAGGUGAUUCAAGGGUCCAAGAUGAAAGAGCAGGGUCACCAGUACCCAGCUGUCUGUCUAUGAAGAGUGAUCGUUCAAUGGAACGUCCAUUCGCGUUCAGAAGAGAGUUACCAGGUGACCAAAGGAUCCAGCAGUCACUGAAGUCCAGCUCUUUUGAAGAAAAGAGUUCAGACAAAUUAUCUUCUGCAAAAAAGUCUCUCCUGCGCACUUUGAUGAAGCUGAAGAAGGACAAAAAGUUGAAACAGUUUCAGAGCCAUCUGAGUCAGGAUUGUCCAGAAUGCUUAAAGAGUCUGUCUGAAGAUCAUUCUGUACCGGCUAAGUUUAUGAAGAUGAAGGAAUUGUUCAAGAGUCAUCAAAUUGCUGAUUACCCAGAAUGCACUGAGAGAGAGCCGGAGGAUCCUGAGGCCCUGUACAUAGUUGAGAAGUUGCUGGAGACCUGUGGCAGUGAGGGGCCUCUGAAGAUCACACUCCACAUCCUGAGGAACAUGAAGCAGAAGGAUCGUGCCGACUCACUGGAGAGAGAUGAAUCCAUAAAAAGAGCCCAGCAGGCACUGAAAAUGCAUCUGAAGCAGAAGUUUGAAUGCAUAUUUGAAGGUUUAGCGAAGCAGAGCAACUCAACCCUUCUGAAUGAGAUCUAUACAGAGCUCUACAUCACAGAGGGGGGAAGUGGGGGGGUCAAUAAUGAACACGAGGUUAGACAGAUUGAGACAUCCAAGAGACAAACCACACAGGAGACUGCAAUCCUCUGCAAUGACAUCUUUAAGCCUUUACCUGGACAAGAGAAACCCAGAACUGUGCUUACAAAGGGCAUCGCUGGCAUUGGGAAAACCGUCUCUGUGCAGAGGUUCAUUCUGGACUGGGCAGAAGGGAAAGCCAAUCAGGACGUUGAUUUCAUCUUCACUCUUCCUUUCCGAGAUCUGAAUUUGAAGAAGGAAAGAGCAUUCAGUCUGAUGCAACUUCUGCAGCACUACUUUCCACAACUGAAAGAGAUCAAAAGUGUUGAAGGUGAUGAAGUCAAAGUGGUGUUUAUCUUUGAUGGUCUGGAUGAGUGUCGACUUCCUCUACAUUUCCAAAGCAAUGAGAUCUGCUGUGAUAUAACAGAGUCAUCAUCAGUGGAUGUGCUGCUGACCAACCUCAUUAAAGGGAAUCUGCUUCCCUCUGCUCUCCUCUGGAUCACCUCCCGACCAGCAGCAGCCAAUCAGAUCCCUUCUGAGUGUGUCCACCUGGUGACAGAGGUACGAGGGUUCAAUGACCCACAGAAGGAGGAUUACUUCAGGAAGAGAAUCAGAGAUCAGAACCAGGCCAGUAGAAUUAUCUCACACAUAAAGUUAUCCAGGAGUCUCUACAUCAUGUGUCACAUACCAGUUUUCUGCUGGAUUUCUGCUACUGUUCUGGAGACAAUGUUAGUUAAAGUAGAGAGCGGUGAUCUGCCCAAAACUCUGACUGAAAUGUAUACACACUUUAUGCUCAUUCAAGCUAAUGUGAAGAAUCAGAAGUAUCAUGGCGCUGAUGAGACAGACCCAAAGAAGAUGUCAGCAUCAGAUACAGAAAUCAUCCUGAAACUGGGGCAGCUGUCUUUUCGACAGCUGGAAAAGGGCAAUCUGUUAUUCUAUGAAGAGGACUUGAGAAAGAGUAGCAUUGAUGUCAGUGAAGCUUCAGUGUACUCUGGGGUGUGCACAGAGAUCUUUAAAGAGGAGUGUGGGUUGUAUCAGGAGAAGGUGUACUGCUUUGUGCAUCUGAGCAUUCAGGAGUAUCUGGCUGCCUUGUUUGUGUUUAAUUCAUGUGUAAAUGAGAACAGAAAUGUACUCAGAGCAGAAGAAUCAAAACUUCACAGUGACAGAGUGCAGCUGUCUGAGUUACACAGGAGUGCAGUGGAUCAGGCCUUAGAGAGUAAGAAUGGACACCUGGACCUUUUCCUCCAAUUCCUUCUUGGCCUCUCUCUGGAGUCCAUUCAGUCUCUCUUAGGAAGACUACUGACACAGACUGGAAAUAGAUCAACUUGCAUUGAGAAAACAGUCCAGUACAUUAAGGAGAUGAUCAGAGGGGAAUCUUCAGCAGAGAGGACCAUCAAUCUGUUUCACUGUCUCAGUGAAAUGAAUGACAACUAUCUAGUGGAGGAAAUCCAGAAUUCCCUGAGAUCAGGGAAACUUUCUGAUAAAGAGCUGGAACCAGACCAAUGUUCAGCUCUAGCCUUUGUAUUACUGAUGUCAGAGGAGGUCCUGGAUGAGCUUGACUUGAAGACCUACAACACAUCAGCAGCAGGUCAUCAGAGACUGCUACCAGUAGUCAGGAACUGCAGGAAGGCCAUACUGAACAGCUGUGACCUCACAGAGAAGUCCUGUGAUAUUGUGGCCUCAGCUCUCCAGUCUUCAAACUCACCCCUGACAGAUCUGGAACUCAGCUACAAUAACCUGGGAGAUUCAGGUGUGGAGCUGCUCUGUGCUGGACUGAUGAGUCCAAACUGUAAACUGCAGAGACUGGGACUGAACAGCUGCAACCUCACACGGAAGUCAUGUGAUAUUAUGGCCUCAGCUCUCCAGUCAUCAAACUCACCCCUGAGAGAUCUGGACCUCAGCUACAAUAACCUGGGAGAUUCAGGAGUGGAGCUGCUCUGUGCUGGACUGAUGAGUCCAAACUGUAAACUACAGAGACUGGGGCUGUCAGGCUGUAGAGUCACACAGAGAGGCUGUGAUUCUCUGGCUUCAGCUCUGUGUUCAAACCCCUCACACCUGAGAGAGCUGGACCUGAAAUACAAUCACCCAGGAGAC